AUGUCCACGCUUCGUGAGAAAUGGAGAAUUUGCCGAUACACAUUUUCUGCAUGUUAUUUAACUGGCUAUAUCUUAUGCUCGGUAUCCUUAAUGACGAUGACAGCUAUAAGCGUGGACAGACUUCUCGCCUUGCUGUUGCGACUGAGGUAUAGACAAGUCGUGAUUUUAAGGCGCAUUUAUAUCGUCAUAGCCAUCAUAGCCAUCAUGUAUCGUCAUAGCCAGUCUUUUUUAUUACACUGUAACGUUUUAGUUUGACUGUGUCAAUACGACAAUUUGCCUGAUAAUCUCAAUGGUUUCGCACGCAAAGAUUUUCCGGAGUCUCCGUCACCAUAGCGCCCAAAUUCAAGAACGUAUUCUGCAACAGCCGAGCCAAACAAAUACACUGAACAUGGCGCGAUACAGGAAGGCAGUGUACAGUGCAUUGUGGGUGCAAUUAGCGUUAGUUGUUUGUUAUUUACCAUAUGGUACACUGGUUAUUGUGCUAAGUUUAAGGAAAACCAAUUCAUCACAUUUCAUCUUCACUUGGGGUAUAGCACCAAUUUUAGUGUCCUUUAACUUAACAUUAAACUCGUUCCUUUACUGCUGGAAGAUUAGAGAAGUAAGACAAGCAGUAAAGCAGACAGUCAGAGAAGCGCUAUGUUUUAUACCGAGUUAG